GUUUCGCGCGAAUUUUCUUUUCCACUUUCUUCCACUGUCCAAAUAAGAGAAAUCCACGUCAUCAGAUAUACGUGGCACAAGGCUCGAGGAGAGACGAUGACGUUUCCUCCGCGUGCCUCGUGUUCCACUGCCCAUUUAAGGAAGAGACAAUCUGGCCAGCGACCGUUCGCGACGUCAUCACUGUGCCUGCCAGAAGUCUCCGCAAGGACACGUAGAUUUCGAACGAGCGCCCACCAAAGAACCAUCAGAAUCGGCGGCCCCUUCACCUUGGUGCUGCCUCCGAGGAGAAGGUCAACGAAUUCCGACGAUUCCGCCCGCCUCUACCUGGAUUUUCAUAGGCUGGCCAAGCAACACCAGCGACAGUCAAUGCCAGGUCAACGGAUAAGCGAGCGUCGACGGCGACGUGUCCCUGGGCCAGCCGUUUCCACUGGCCUUGCCGCUCUGCCAACAUCGACUGGGCGUCUACCGAGGCAAGCCACCACGUUGCCAUUUGCCUGCCGAGUCAUCAUAUCCCCAGUUCGCUUCAGGGGUUCACUCGCUUCUUCCGACCUCCGCCACUACAUCACCCCGAGCCGUAGCCAACCUCACACGUUUGCUGAUAGCCACGCUUCUGACAAUCACUACGCAGUGGGACAUCAUUUGCGCCGGCUUCGCGGCAAGCAUCGACGUCGCGACGCUCCAUCUCCGUUACUUGAACGCAACGUCGUGCCAACGCCGGGGUUCAGCUGCCGCUGUGACUCCGCUGGCGCCGAAGCCAAGAAGUUUGUGCCUCCUGAGUUCGCGCAGACCGCAACAAAAACGCGCCCUUUGCGACGCGUGAUGCAAAGCUCGCAGGUUGUCACCAGAACUGGCCGGCAUCCGCCUCAGGACCACACAGACAGUUUCCGACGCCGGAGCACUCCCAGCGUCUUUUCCUGCUGUGGGAACAUCAAACGAGACGCAAAGCCGCCCUCACGCAGGUUUGCUCAUGCUGCCGCCCAUCACGCAGCCACGCAGGCGGCUUCAAGGCGAGGACGACGUUGCGGACUCCGGCUGAAGCGCCGCCCUGUUGGCAGCCGCCUUGCAGCCCAUCGUGUCCGCCUCCUACGUUCAGGUGCAGGAGAGCACCUUUCGGGACAACCAGCGGCAAUGGUGAUGAAUCUGCUUUCUGGUAUGCCGCCUGGUACUGGUAAAGAAGGAACAGGGUGGCGCGCUCUCCCGCGGGGCGUCAACAUCCAAGGCGAGAUGACCACAGGUGGAAAAUCCAGCCUGCUGGACUCUCCAUCCAACGCCACUCGCGGUGCUGCAGACGGGGUUGGUCCCCGCGCACUUGCUACCCGUGACCAGUUGGCCACCUUGGCGACCAGUCAUCGGGGAGAAGCAGGCUCGGCGUGCCGCCGAAAGACUUGCUCCAUGCGGGCAAAACCGGGCGGAAAAGCCAGAACCGCAGGGCCGUAA